CGGAAACCGCCUAAAAAUGGAGACGGUCGGACAGAGUCUCCUAUAAAAGGACUUAUUUGCACUUUUUAUGAAAGUUUGAGGGCUUAUUUGGUUGUUCUCCCUUAAAAAGUGAAAGUUAAUAGAGAAAAGGUGCAAAUAAGCCCUCGAACUAACCGAAAAAAGUGCAAAUCAUCCCCUUUUUAAGAGGCUCUGUCUGGCCAUUGUCAUUUGGGGCGGUUACCAGUGGAGUUUUUUGAUGGAUUUUUUUGAACAUCUUCUUCAUUAAGUAUAGUUUACUCAUACCAAAUUUCAGGUAAAAAUCCAAUCAGGAAGAUAGUCAAAUGAUUUUCUGAAAUAUAUUGCGCUAUUUAAUUGUGCAAUUAUCUUUAAACAUUUAUUUAAUUGUCUUCACGAUUGAAUUUUUAGCUGAAAUUUGUUGUGAGUAAACUAGACUUAAUAAAGAAAAUGUUCAAAAAAAUUCAUAAAAAAAUUACACCGAAAACCACCUCAAAUGACGACGGCUGAACAAAACUUCCUAUAAAAGAAGUGAUUUACACUUUACGAUUAAUUCGAGGGCUUAUUUGCCCAUUUUCUGAGGUUACUACAAUAGUAAUUUGGCCAUUUCCCGAUUUUUCAUUUCCAAACAAAGAAAAGAAACGUGUCUAUUUUUAGAACGCCAAAACACAUAGGUAAAAAAGUGAAAAGUUACUAUUACAAAAACGUGAGCGAGAGGAGCACUAGGCCGCAAAACCGCACCGCCCUUGUCUCGGUGUCUGUUUAUAUUCUCCCUCCCGUCCCCCGAGCUGAAGAAAGCUCAGCUUUUUCUUCUUCCACAUUCCCUUUCCCCACGCCAAGUCUCCAUCACCGCCACUCCAAUAAAUGUUCAGUGAGGUGGUGGGAGAGAAGACGGAAGAAAGACUCCACAAGUGAGAUUCUUUAUCUUCAGUACCAUUCUCUGAAAAAUGGCGGAACCCAUCAAGGAAAGCAAGAACCAGAGCAGCCGGAGGUUGUCCAUUAACCUCCCCCUUUUUUCCCUCUCUGAUCAGAGAGAUUCCCAGAAACCCACCACCCCCAGAUCUCCUAAGCACUUCGAGGAGCCAAACGGCGUCGUUGGGCUAGGCAUGGUUCCCCUCCUCAAGAGCUCUGGCUCGAGUAGAGCUGUGAUUCUUGCCAUCUCCCCCAGAUCUUCCUCAGCUUCUCAGUCGAUACCCAUUAAUGGUUUCUCCGAUAAUGAUUAUAAGAUGGAAGAAAAUGGGAUGUGCGAGGAGUACACUUGUGUGAUUUCUCAGGUGGGGGCUAACCAAAUCAAGAAAGUUGAGUACUUUAAUGGGGAAUUCUUGGCAAAUACUUGUACUACUACUGAUCCUCAUAUGGAUUCAGUGAUGGGCGGAACGGCGCCGUUUGGGGCUCCUCAUUUUCUUAGUUCGUGCUUUCUUUGCAAGAAACAGCUUCAAGGUCUGGACAUUUUCAUGUACAGGGAUGGAUUUAAGGGGAAGCGGGGGCGGUCGCGCCCUUGGACUUUCAAAAUUUUCUACUGUAUAUAGGAGAAACUGCGUUUUGCAGCGUAGAGUGCCGGUGCAAACAAAUGUCCAUGGAUGAACACAAAGAAAAUCGUGGUACCGGGACGGUGAAACCAAUCGAGUUCUCGGUCUCUCCUUGCUCUGGUCCAACGCAGUUCCUUGCUGCGGUGGCAUAAGCCUUCUCCCGCUAUCUCUACAUACAUAAAUAAAUCUAAGAACUACUCGUAUAGACAGGUUGCGAAGAGAAUAAAAAUUUUGUACCACCAGCGUCGAAGUUGUAUUUUACAGGCUGUUUCAUGAACAGAUAGUCUCUGCAUCUCAAUCCCAAGAAAAUAUCUGUUUGAGAUAUCUAUUGAGAUUUGAGAUGUUGAUGCAUUGAGGAAAAAUAAAAAGCAUUUCUAAAUUCAAGAGGAUUAUCGAAUAACAAACUUCAGUUUGUUUGAACCUGCUUUAGGUGACAAAACUCUAUUAUAUUAUUAAUGUUGAUGACUUGUAUGAUUUAUUAUUCUAA